UAUGCGAUUUAUAUUUCUGCAGUGUAAAUGGUUCUUUAAGCAGUUUUUAUCAGAUCACAAUAACCGGAAAUACGAAAAUAGCGUUUAGUGAGUUUAAUCCUGCAUGAAAGCUAAAACUUUGCUGAUUAUGGCUUCAGAUGUAAGUAGAGAGUUUCUCCACUGUUUCCAGUGUAUUCCAGAAGUUUGCAGUUGCAAAUUGCCUAAUUCUGAGGAUGCAAGAUUCAAUUCAAAAGAAGACAGUCAAGAUCUGUUUGAUGAAAAGAAUUUAACUAACGAGUUUAAAGCUUCUGUUCAAAUUGGCAAUGAUCUACCAAGAGAAAACGAAAAUGAUAUUGAGUUUAAAGUCCCACCUGUACCUGAUAGAGAUGAAAACUACUUGCCUUGGCAUGACUAUUUUAUGAGUUUAUGUUACCUGACUUCAGCUAGGAGCAAAGAUCCCAAGACAAAGGUGUGCAUACAUUUAUUUAUUUUUUACAUUAAUUUUUUUCAUAUUUCUUUUCUAAAUAUGUUAACAUGUAGUACUGUAUUUUUUUGUACUAUUUUUUCAGUUUGCCAUGCUGAAAUGAAUGCUAUUAUAAAUAACAGAUACUGUGAUUUUAAAGAUUGCACAUUGUAUGUUACCAAAUUUCCAUGUUCUGAAUGUGCUAAACUAAUUGUGCAAGCUGGUUUGAAAGCAGUCUUCUAUGAUGAAAAGAAACCUGAGCCUGAACAUGAAACGAUUCCAGGCAUGAGAAUGUUUAAAUUAGCAGGAAUUCAAUGCAGUAAAUUUAUUCCUUCAAUCCGUCAACUGUGUUUAGAUAUUGUUGGUAAUGAAAAGAAUGUGACAAUUAUCAAGUAAGGUAGACCAAAAUGACAAAUAUCAAAUGAAUGAUCUGUUUUUUAUUUUAUUGAGAGUAUACUAUGUAACGUAUUUUGUUUGCUAUUACUCUAUAAAUGAAGUUUAUACAUUUUCAAUUUUA